CUCAGAUUCUCUUAAAAAAUGUCUGGAUCAUGGUCCACUGGUUUAUGCGACUGCUUCUCAGACUGCGAUUCUUGUUGUCUCACUUAUUGUUGCCCCUGUGUUAGCUUUGGAAGGGUAGCUGAGAUCCUGGACAAAGGAGAAAUUUCUUGUUGUCUUCAUGGAUCACUGUUCUAUCUACUUGCUGGUUUUACUGUUGUGGGAGGGUGUAUCUACGCGUGCUUGUACCGUGAAAAACUGAGAGAGAUGUACGGGAUUGAGGGAGACAAUUGUACUGAUUGUUUGGUCAGUUCUUGUUGCCUCCAUUUAUCCAUUUGCCAGAACUAUCGGGAGCUCAAAGCCCGUGGAUUUGACAUCUCUGCUGGUUGGGAAGGGAAUGUGGAAAUGCAUACACGUAGCGUUACUUCAGCACCGGGAGUGCAAGGUGGCAUGAACCGUUGAGUUAGAGCAUGGCGUUAAAUUCUCUGGGGCUUCGUCUGAAAGUGAAAAUGAAAUAAACAGUGUUUGUGGUUUGUGACGUUGUUGUUUGUGUUUGUGUUUGUUGUUGUAGCAAUAGAUUUAUAUAGAGCAAUGUUGUGCUGUUGUUGUGUCUGAUGUUUAUACAAGCAGUGUUUGUGUUUUUCAGCAGUUGAUCAUGUUCAAUUAUUUAU